CGCGGGUCGGCCCGCGGGGCGGGGCCUGUGUCGUUUCCCCGCCCUCUGCUGCGAGCCCUGCGCGCCGCUCGUUGCCUUGCGCAUCUCGCUGGCCCCACCGCCGCACCAUGAAGGCGCUUCUGCUCGCUGUGCUGGCUGCGGUGCUGUGCGUGGAGAGAGCCCACACACUCAUCUGCUUUUCCUGCUCGGAUGCAUCCUCCAACUGGGCCUGCCUGAAGCCUGUCAAGUGCGGGGAGAAUGAAAACCACUGUGUGACAACAUACGUCGGAGUAGGAAUCGGAGGCAAGUCUGGCCAGUCCAUCUCGAAAGGAUGCUCUCCCAUUUGCCCCAGUGCCGGGAUUAACCUCGGCAUAGCGGCUGCCUCCGUGUACUGCUGCGACUCCUUCCUCUGCAACAUCAGUGGUUCCAGCAGCGUGAAAGCCAGCUACACUGUCCUGGCCUUGGGGGUCCUCGUUAGCUUCAUCUAUAUCCUCAGGGCUCGCGAGUGAUGGGGCUGGCCGAGGAAGAGCCGUCUUCCAUAGGCUGUCGCAGGUCUCAUUAGCCAAUAUCUUCUCUGUUGCUGUCUGCAAGGAGAUCCUCUACUUCUCAACAGGCUUCCAAGGUGAUUGUUUCCCAGACUUUAUGCUCUUCCAGCAUUGGAGACCUGGGCAGUUUGGCCAAGCUGUUCUCUUCUGUGGACAUACUCCACUGCACUCUCACACCUCCUUGGCAAAGGUGGAUCGUUUUGGAAGGGUUUCUGCUUUUAUACCUAAUACUCCCCCUCACCCUCGUUUCUAAGGUUGGCUAAAUCAAAGCUGGGACUCGCUGAGGACCGACUGAACCCCAGACACCACCCGGUCAAAGCGUUCAGACCUUCCUGCCUCUCACCUCUAUGGAGGUGCCUGGCACCGGCGUGCUCCAGCGCAUGGAUGGCCCGGGGAUUAGGAAUGCAUGACCCAAAGGGAGACACAUUCCCGGCCCCUUGCAGCUGCAGUCUCUUUUUUAUAAAAUCCUAUUGUUUCUUCUGAUCCUGGGCUGACUUUUCUGGAAAAUGACAUGUCCUUUUGUCCUUCCAAGUUCUGUAAGUACCAGACCUGAAUAAACAUGCUCCUGUUGUUACCUGA